AUGAUUCCGGCAGGGAGAGUCUGGGGCCACAACACGUGUCAGCACCUCAUGCAGGAGGAUGAGGCGGUGGUCAAGGUGUCCUUUCACCACAAUGCCAAGGCCUUGAUUGACAAGAUCCGUUUAAAAGGACAAGCUCCAGACAGCGAACACUUGGCUGCCGCGGUGUCCUUUUGGCAGAAUUGCCGCCCAGUCCAUCGGCUUCCGGUGAGCUCCUUUGCCAAGGUGCUGAGGACCGGGUUCCUGGGAUCGCAGCAUUGCCUUCAGACCCAUGCUCAUGACAGUGAGUUUGCUAUGCAGCUGCCCUCUGUGGUCGCUUUGGUUGCAUCAAGUUUCGGGGAGUACAUCGCGGCGAUCCAGGAUUUUGUGGAUGCUUUUGUUCGACAUGAGGUGUUGGCCCAUCAGGCAUCGCGACAUCCCAUUUUGCAGCCGCAACAGGGGCAGGAGGUUGCCCUCAAUGCCAUGGGAGGUCAGAAAGCUCAGAUCCAGAAUGCCAAGCAAGACUUGAACACCCGGCGUGAACACUUGAUGACGCUCUUCCGCAGAAACAAGGUGCAGUCACUUGAGACAGAGCUUUCUGGCUACACGCGUGCCUUCCAGGAGUUGCAAGCAGCAAGUGAAGAAGCUGCUAGACAAGGGAAGCACACAACAAUUGGCAUUGGCCACCAGUACGACCGUGUCCUGGAAACCAACAAGAUGGUCUUUGCAAUCUUGGGUCCCCACACGCUGAACUAUGGCGAGGACAAGGAUGGCGACGAGCAUGACCAGGGUGUGCACCUUAUCUUCCGUCCGGAGUGCCUGCAUCACCCAGAUGUAUUCGUGACACCCAUGGCAGCCACAUUCUACAACUCUGGUCACGGAGAUGCUGAGCGGCCAUGGUGGAAGUGCUGGCAAGGCUCUGCCCCAACGUCCGCAUUCGACAAGAUGACGGCAGAAAAGCUUCAUCCCAGCUCUCCUUUGUUCUACGAGGCUUUGGCCCAUGAGUUCUUGGCCAGAGAAGCCCACAAGAAGUCAAAGCCACUUCGUGAGAUCACCAGGGAGGACAUGCUCCGAUACCUCAAGACAGCAAAUGCCCACCAUGUUGUGGAAACCCACCUGCCAUAUGCCACGCCACUUACAUGGGUGGAGAGGGUAAUCAUCUCAGAGCACACAUUUGCAAAGAUGAGUGAGAGUGACCAGAUCACUACGCGCACAGUCUUUGGGCCAAAUUUGGAGAUCGUUGCUGGUACAGACUCAGCACAAGCUCAGUGGAAAUAUGCGAGCUCCAAGCGUUUGCAACCUGUUCCCAGGCCUUCCUUUUCUUGGACAGUGCUGCCUACAAGGAUCCUUGAAGUUGUGCUGCCUGUGCAGAUCCCGCCAAAGCAAAGAACGAGAAUCUUCUUUCGAGCCUCUCGCCCCAACUUUCGGGUAAACCUGGCCAGCGACCGCCGAAGCCGCGGCUUGCUGAACCCGACAUUCGUGCGAGUCGAUGGCGAGCAGUGCACAGUGCACGACCCGAGCAGGAAGUUCACAUCGGUGGACAAGCACUUCAACCGCGGAGUUGGAAAGGACGGAUCAGCCAUGUACUGCCUGGAUGUGGACGGUCAUCUUGGCCGGAUCUCAUUUCAGCAUGCGGGCGUGUCGUCCAUGUUCUCGUCCAGUGUGCUUUCCUUUGACAGGGUGGGGUGCUGGCCAAAGCACGUUAGCUUUGUAGUUCCUCGUGGCCACAUCAGUUUCAGCGAUGUCCGGGUGUACGUAGGCAGCAAGGACACUUACCUCCUGGAACAUGAGUGCGCAUGGCAACCUCUAGAACAGGAGAACGCAUCGGCAGCUGGCACCAGUGCUGCCACUCAAGACGAUGUACCAGGCCAGGUCAAGAUCGCCUUCCGCUCCGAGCCUGAAGAGGGCUGGAUGUCUAAGGCGUAUCACUUUGUCACGGGCAAGGGCAAGAGCAGUGCUCCAGCAUUGAAGCUGUGCAGUUCUGGAUUGGAGUGCCAGGUCCUGGCGUCUACUCACGGCGUCUACGGAGUUGAUGACCUGCCGCACCACCUUUCGCAGCACAUGAGAAAGAACCGGCACCUUUGCUUGCAUGGCCGCAGUUGCCGACAUCUUGGCGAUGGUGAUCAUGAUCUCCUCUUUGUUCACAUGGAGAAGCAAGAUUGUCCAAACGGAGACGCCUGUGGACAGCUAUGUGACCCACAUCACCGGGCGGAGUAUCAUCAUGACGGACUGUGGGACCUUCUUCUACCGUGCCGGCAUGGUUCAAGAUGCAACAUCAAGGAUGAAAAGCAUGGCCUGCGAUACCAUCACGAUGCCACCUUGAAGUACAUUCUCAAUGAUGAUGGCCUGCAGUUGGCCAAGGCCGAUUGCCGAGAUGACCGCCGCAACCGGUCAGUUGCAGCUUCCUCCUCUGCAGAGGCGGGUCUUGAAUCGAAGCCCAAGCAGAGCGGACGACAGCUUGGGUACUCCGAUGUUGAUUUCAGUGCCAUCCAGGCUGAAGUCCAGGACAGAAUCGACGACAUGGAAGGGAUCUACAACGACGCCGCCAUCGCGGGUGACUUCAAAGAUGCGAAGUUGGAUCAGUACGGCAAUCCGAUUGGUGGCGACUUUGAUCUGGCUCGCGACGGUGCAUUUGAAGGCUUUAAGAUUCUGGUGCUGUGUGCUUACCACUCAAUGCACGGCGACCUCGUUUCUUUGACAAUCCCUGAGCUUAGGAAGAAGGGCUUCGAGGUCCAGACAUGCACUAAGGAGGAUGAAUUCACCGCCGCGCUGCGUGAAGGCAGCUUCCACGUCGCCUGGAUCAUCAGCGGAAAAUGCUUUGCAGGUGACAAGGCAGCUUUUGUCUCCGAGGUGCGGAAGUUCCAUGAAGCCGGUCGUGGAAUCCGCAUAUAUCAUAUAUCAUAUAUCCCCAUGCAUCAUCCUUGUGAAGCCCUUACUAGCAUCAUCCACUACUCCUAUAUUUGCGGGAGGGCAUCCCUGAGGCACAGAGCUUCUGCCUGGAAACCCUAUGGAGCCAGGCCACUUCGGCGGGCAUCCAAAGGUUUGUGCAGGUAUUGUCAAGCUCCACGAGGGUGUGACCAUCUGUUACCCCGAUCCUGUUCCUGA